UUAUUCUCGAAUGUUAUUUAUUGAUGUACACCAGUUUACAUGAUUAGUUCGUGAGGUGAAACUAAUGAUAUAACUCAUUAACUUCAAAAUGAUUAUAUCAUAUUGGUACGUGGAUACUCUUAUUCUUCUGGUGACUUUCGUCUACCUCAUCUACAAGUACACCAGCAGGAAUUACGAUUACUGGGCAAAACGCAAUGUUCCCUUCAUACCUCCCAAGCCAUUCGUUGGAAACUUUUGGGACAUAAUAAGGUUUAAACUUUCAAUUGGCCCAUAUUUAGAGAAACUCUACAACACAACAUCCGGAAAAUUUAUUGGUAUUUUUGUGUUCUCUAAACCUUGUUUGGUUAUUCGAAGUCCGGACUUGGUGAAGUCCAUUUUAAUCCGGGAUUUCAACUAUUUUACCAACAGAACCGUCGCAUCUUGCAAACAUGACCUACUCACCGACAGCAUGCUGUUCUUAAGCAAAAGUUCCGAAUGGAAGGGAACCAGAAAGCUCAUCUCCCCAAUUUUCACAAGUGGAAAACUUAAAUCCAUGUUCCCAAUGAUAAACGAUAUUGGGGAUGAAUUAAAUAAAUACUUAGCAAAACAUUUAAACGAGGAUGUUAUGGAAUCGAAAGAAAUCUGCGCCAAGUACUCGACUGAUGUCAUUGCGAAGUGCGCCUUCGCCAUAAAUGCUCACAGUUUCGAUGGACAAGGCGAUUUUAGAAAGCAUGGCGGUGAGAUUUUCAAUUUCACUCUGAGGAAUAGCAUAAGUCAGACCUCAUUUUUCUUCCUUCCAAGUCUUGUAAACUUAUUUAAGUUAACUUUUAUGCCUCAACAUGUAAAUAACUUCUUAACAAAUGUGUUUGAAACCACUUUAAAGGCCAGGGAAGAGGCUGGAUUAAAAGGCAAUGAUCUCAUCGAUCUCAUUAUAGAUAUUAAGAAAAAUAAGGAUUUUGUUAAGGAAUAUAAAUUUGAGGGUCCAAGGGUAGUUGGCCAAGCAGCACAGUUCUUUGUGGCAGGUUUCGAGACUACAAGUUCUACUAUGGCAUUUACACUGUAUGAACUAUGCAUUCAUCCAAACAUUCAACAAAAGCUCAGAGAGGAAAUUCAAAGCAGCAUUAGGAAACACCAUGGAAUAACUUACGAGUCCCUAUUAGAAAUGAAGUACUUACACAUGUGUGUUUCAGAGACACUGAGGAUGUACCCAGUGCUGCCGUUCUUAGACAGAAUGUGUAAUGAAAACUACAAAGUACCAGGCACAGAUGUUGUAAUAGAAAAAGGAACUCCAAUUUAUAUCCCCAUGUUUGGUCUACAUUAUGAUCCUGAAAUCUUUCCUAAUCCCAAAAUUUAUAAUCCUGAAAGAUUCGCUGAAAAUACCAUGAACACUGAUGGAUUAAGUUACAUACCCUUUGGUGACGGGCCAAGAAAUUGUAUUGGUGAGCGUUUUGGAAUGUUGAGCACCAAACUAGGCUUGGCUAAAAUAAUUUCUGAGUUUGAGGUGGUCAAGACUAAGGAAACUCCAGUACCACUUGUCUUUGAACCUAAAAGCUUUGUAUUGGCGUCUAAAGUGGGUUUACCUAUGAAAUUUAAAAAAUGUGUAUCGCAUGCAGCUUAAUUAUCAAACUUUUUAAUUUAAAAUCUAUAUUAGAUUUAUAUAUUUGUGAUUUAGACCUAAAAAUAUAAUUGAAAUUCGCUUCAUUCAAAUACUAUAAAAUACUAUAAUAUAUGUAUGCAUUUAUUAAAUAAAUAUUAUCAGGA